AUGUCCGAGUUCGCGCCUGACGAUAUGGCCAUGACCGUCGAUUCUCCUAUCCGCGAUAAUGUCGAUCCUGCUAACUCUACUCAUGCUUCGUCCGAAUCUGCUGCUCCUCUUAUCCCCAAUCUUAACGAGUCUCACACUCUUCGCGGGUCUCAGAUUGAAGAAAGAGACAUCGCCGCUUCUUUUCCCUUUGAUUCUGCCGCUUCCUCCGUUACCAACGUCGCUGAUCCUAUCCGACCCACUCAUGCCUAUCCUUCGCACCAAGCAGCCCAGGUAGAAGAGGACGAAGUCCCCAGCUACCCGCCACCUCCCCUUGGCCGGGCCUCCUCGUUCCAUCGUGGAUCCUGCUCCUCGCCGGGUGUACUCCACGCCGCAUCAUGCCGUUUCUUCUUCGCCCGGUAUCCCAACUCGUCCGUCCAUUCGUCGACGACUCUUCCCGACUUCUCCUGCGCCUACCAGGGCCGCGUCUCCGGGUGGUUCGCCCGCGCCUCCUACCGAUCCUCCUGCGACUCCUCAUCCUUCCCCCGCGGGUGA